AUGUCCUUUGAGUGGACAUCACAACCAUUAUCAAUACAAUCCAUUGCAGCUCAAUAUUCUUUACCAGUAGUUAUUCGAUCGGCACCUGGUUUUCGUGGUUCGAGUCGUCCAAUUAUUCUACAUUCAAUAUCACGUGUUACAUUUGCAUUUGGACGUGCUUUGAGAAUUAGUCAAUCAACAACAAACGGAUAUGUAACAUAUAUACCAAUCGAUUCAGAAUUAGUUGCUAUACCAUGGAAAUAUCCUGGAUAUUUCGAGUGUUUACCAUCACAAAGCAUUAAACAACAUACUGGUAUUAUUCCUGAAAAACGUAUUCAACCAAUUGUCGAACGAAUGCAACUUAAUCAUCGAUCUCAAGCAUUUUAUAUAGCAUCACCUAUGCGUGUUUAUACAAUUGAAACUAAUGAUAAAGGUGUUUCCAAUCGUGUAUGGCAUCAAGUUGAAGCUCAUCAAAUAAUCUUAUUUGAUAAACUUGUCAAUGUUCAAUAUACUCCAACAGUAAAUGAUAAUUUAACAGCUAAUGAUUAUUCAUCUUCUUGGUGGUUUUGUUUUAAACGAUUAUUAAAUCGAAAUGAAUAUGCAUUAAAAUGUAUUUUAUUACAACGACAAAAAUGUUAUGUUCCAUGUUCAUCAACAGAUGAAGUUAAUUUAAUACCUGUUGGUCAAUAUGGUUCAAGUAAUGUAAAUAAAUUACAAACAAUUUAUAAUCUUAUUGAACAAUUUCCAAUUCCUAUGAAUAUUAAAUUAGCUCAAUUACCUGGUUCAUAUGCAUAUAAAGAUUUUAGUGGUAAUUUACGAUUAUUAGGUUCACGUACUGAAGAAUUAGCUGUAUGUGCAUCAUUAACAUCAUCAAAUAUUGCUGUUAUUCCAAAAAAUACUCCACUUAAAUUUGUUGUUUCACCAUUAUCAUCAUUAUCAUCAGAAAUUCGAAAGAUUCUAUCAAAAUGUCAUAUAUUUGUACAAUCAUUUGAUAUGCAAAUUUAUCGUAUUCUUAUAUCAUCUCAUCAUAAUAUUUCAAAACGUCGUAUUCGUUUACGAAAUUCAAAAACUCAAGGAGAUAUUACAGAACAAUUUAAACGUUUAAAACGAUCAUCUAGUGUUGAUCAUAGUUCAUCUAAAAAAGAUGAUCAAACAACACCAAAUACAACCGAUGAAGGUUAUCGUUCAGGUUCAUCAAUAUUUAAUAAUCGAAAUAGUUAUAGAAAACAACGAACUGUUAGUUUUGAUAUCACACAAAGUUCACAAUAUAUUCCACGUAAAAGAACAUUAUCAACAGAUGAUGAUACAAAGUAUAAUUCACUUGAUCAUUCUGUUCGAAAAAACAAAAGAUCAUCAUCAUCUCCACCUCCACCUGCAUUACCAAAAAAACCACCUAAUUUUCCAUAUCCACCAAUGCCCUUUACCUAUGAUAGUGGAACUAAUAUAAUUGAAGAUAUUGAUUCAUUGAAUGCUGAUGGUUCUAUUUUAAUCGAUACAAGUCAUGAACUAUUUUUAUCUUUACCAUCUAAUAGUCGAUUUACAUGA